UGGGGCUCGCUCGGGAGUCUCCAGUCCCGGACGGCGGCGGCGGCGGCGGCGGCGACGCAGCGCUCCAGAGGUCGGUUCCCCGCAGCGGCGCCGCGCGACUCAAGCACGGUGGGACUCGGAUCCUAGCGUAUUUCGACAGAAGAUUACUUUCAAAGGAUGGAAGGCCUGCUGUGAUAAGAAUCGGUCGUCCUCUGCUUCCUGCCCACCUUUGGAAAGAUUUACACUGUCCUAAUUCUCCCGAGAGAUUGCCUCGGAAAGUUUCCUCUCCUCCUGUACGACUCUCAGCCUUGACUGUAUGCUUAGUAUGCGGAUUGCACCUCUUCACUAAUGAGAGGGAGGAUGGGGACCCAGGGCAGCCCGGUCAAGAGCUAUGAUUACCUGCUCAAGUUCUUGUUGGUGGGAGACAGUGACGUGGGCAAGGGAGAAAUCCUGGAGAGCCUUCAGGAUGGAGCAUCGGAAUCGCCCUACGCCUACAGCAACGUUUGCGGGAGACCCGGGUUUAAGCAGGACGACCUGCUGCCUGUCUGUGUCGCUGAGCCUGAGGACUUGGCCGUGACGGAUACAUCUGGCCAAGGGAGGUUCUGCACCAUUUUUCGGUCCUACUCCAGAGGAGCUCAGGGAAUCCUCUUGGUAUAUGACAUCACCAACCGCUGGUCCUUUGACGGCAUAGACCGAUGGAUCAAGGAGAUAGACGAGCACGCCCCGGGCGUGCCCCGCAUCUUGGUCGGCAACAGGCUUCACCUGGCCUUCAAGCGGCAGGUCCCGACGGAGCAAGCCCGAUCCUACGCGGAGAAGAACUGCAUGACGUUCUUCGAGGUCAGCCCGUUGUGCAACUUCAACGUGAUCGAGUCCUUUACGGAGCUGUCUCGCAUCGUGCUCAUGAGGCAUGGCAUGGAGAAGAUCUGGAGGCCCAACAGAGUGUUUAGCUUGCAAGACCUCUGCUGCCGCGCCAUCGUCUCCUGCACGCCCGUCCACCUGAUCGACAAGCUGCCCCUUCCCGUCACCAUCAAGAGCCACCUGAAGUCCUUCUCCAUGGCCAACGGCAUGAACGCCGUCAUGAUGCACGGCCGCUCGUACUCCCUGGCCAGCAGCGGAGGCGGGAGCAGCAGCAAAGGCAACAGCCUCAAGCGCUCCAAGUCGAUCCGUCCGCCCCAGAGCCCGCCGCAGAACUGCUCGCGUAACAACUGCAAGAUCUCCUAGCGAGCCGCGGGGCUCGGCUCCCUCCGAACACGCGCCGAGACCUGCUCGCCAACGUUACGGAUGUUUACACCCGGGGCCUCAUUGCGGCGGGGGCUUCCCCCCCCCCCCCCCGUGGCUCUGGCUGGCGGUGGCACCCCCGGGACUGGCAAAGAGCUUAUGCCCUGGCCUUCAGCUGGAGGGGUCCCACACGGCGGCAAAGGCAAGGCGGUGCCAAGCCACCCUUUCCCAGAAUGCAGUAGGUCUCGCCCUCCCCCUGCUUGGGGGAAUGACUGUGCUGGAGUGUGUGUGUGUGGGGGGGAGCGAUCCUUCCUCGGGCUUGGAGUAAGGUGAGACUUUGUGCUGCGACUUUAACCUUUGGGCCCCCGAGUUGGAUUGCUGGUACUGGAGCAGACAUCGAAGCGAACCCAAGUAGCCACAGUCUGGAAAUUCAACCCGACAGAGGUCCUGUCUUCACCCCACGGACUGUGGCCGGCUGGAAGUCCACAGGAUGCAGGCCGCUUGACAUCCUCACCUAUUUAUAGAAUAAUUAUAUCUCUCACUACUGUUUCUAAAGGGGUUUUUCUU